AUGGAGAUCUUCUGCCAAUUGUGGAUUGGUGGCGGAUUCUUUCGAAGAACAAUUCAGAGGAAAAUCCAAUAUCAGUGUAAAUGGGAAAAGAAAUGUACUGUCGAUAAAAACACGAGGAAUCAAUGUCAGGAAUGUCGAUUCCAAAAAUGCCUGAAAGUUGGAAUGGCACAAAAUUUAGUUCUAAACGAACAUCAAAGAGUUGCUAAACGAAGACUAAUUGAAGAAAACAGAUUAAGAAGAAAAAAUCAUUUAUCAGAAAACUCGUCUGCUUUUAUCGAAAGACUGUCCGUUCUCCCACUAGAAGAUCAAAUCGAGAUCCAGAAGAUCACACGUGCUUAUGAAAAUUUGAUUCUACCGAUUUUGGCAGAAAGAGAAAAUAUAAAAGUCAUUUCCUCCCAGAAAUUUAAAAACUCAAAAUUCUUUAUUUCUGACGAUAACAGCAAAUGGGGUUAUAUUUUAAAAUCCAUGACCGAGGCACUGAGCCGAUUGAUUGCUUUUGCCAAGGUCAUCAAGGGAUUUAAUAAAGUAAGGGUUUAUGAUUUUAUUUUCGAGUUUUCACUACAAGAUCAAAAAACACUUUUACAGAAUUCAUGUAUUGAAACUAUUAUGCUAUGUUUUUUCCAAAAUUAUGAUUUUGUUGAAAAUUGGAUUCCAUUUCCCAAUGGAGUCAGGAUAAUUAAAAACUAUUUUAAUCGACAAGAGUUACAGGAACCUGACAAUGUGAAAACAGAACUUGAAAAUUAUCUUAGAAUAUUGAACAAUUAUUUAAAAAAUAAUAACUUAAUCUCAACAAGAGACAAAAUCUUUCACCGCCUUAUGCUUCUUCGAAAUAUUUCUACAAAAAUUCUCGAAAAAAUUUUGUUUCUUCGUUGUAACAACAUACAAGAAAUACCAAAAAUAUUUUUAGACUGCUUAAAAAUAAUGGAAAGUAGAUUUAACCUCAAUAAAAAAGAUUUUUAG